UACUCCCUCUUAUUUAUUUGCAUUAUUCACUCUUUCUUUUUUUCUUCUCUUUUCUUUUUUUGGGUGACAAUGGAAUUACAAACACAAUGUUAAACCCUACUCAUGUAUACCAGCUCAAUAUGGAGUGUUGACAAAAAUCAUGUCUCAGAUUUUCCUUGAUUUGUCCAGUUGUAAAACCCUUCCCAUUCCUGUAUCCCAGCAUGCAAAUCCUCCCAUUCUGAGCUAUGAUCCAAAGGGGGGGUGGGGUGUCACUCACAUGCCAACAAUGAUACGCUUGGUAACAUCAGUUAGAUAAGUCAUCAUCCAAACUCCAUUAGGCCAUGAAUACAUACACUUUUUUGAGUGCAAAAGAGUCAAUACCGCCUCCACGGAAGCUCGAAUUCACAACCAGAGAACAACUUGGUGCCACAGACCACAAGGUCAUGGCCAUGAAUACAUACACUUAAUUAUCAAAAUAGCGACGAAGUCACGAAGCACCCAACUCCACUUACCAUCAAGCUUCUCUGCAGGUAGGUAGAACAAAUUAAAUGGCAGGCAAAGCAGUUAAUGUGAAGGAAUUUGAAGAGCUUGCUAGGAAGGCCCUUCCAAAGAUGUACUACGAGUCCUUUGCUGGGGGAGCUGAGGACCAGCACACACUAAAAGAUAAUGAAGAAGCUUUUCACAGAAUUAUUAUUCGGCCAAGAGUUCUUAUUGAUGUGAGCAGAAUUGAUAUGUCAACCACAAUACUGGGUUACAAAACAUCAGCUCCCAUUAUGAUUGCCCCAACUGACAGGCAUAAACUUGCACAUCCUGAUGGGGAAGUUGCAACAGCUAGAGCAGCAGCUGCAUGUGACGUCAUAAUGGGAUUGUCAUUCUCUGGAUCCUGCACGAUAGAGGAAAUUGCCUCUAGCUGCAAUGCUGUUCGCUUCUUUCAGAUCUAUGUUUACAAAAGGAGGGACAUUACAGAAUUAAUGGUGAGAAGAGCUGACAGGAAUGGGUUCAAGGCAAUCAUUCUUACAGUUGAUACUCCUAGACUGGGUAGAAGGGAAGCAAGCAUAAAAAACAAAUUGAUUUUACCUCCAUUGAAGAAUUUUGAAGGGCUCAUCUCCACCGCACUUGUCCCUGGCAGCGGCUCGGGUCUUGAAGCCUAUGCAUCAUCAACUUUUGACAGUUCCCUCAGUUGGAAGGAUAUAGCUUGGUUAAAGUCAAUUACAAAGUUACCUAUUCUGCUCAAGGGGAUACUCACUCAUGAGGAUGCAAUAAAAGCAUUGGAAGUAGGACUUGCAGGUAUUAUUGUGUCUAACCAUGGAGCUCGCCAGCUUGAUUAUACUCCAGCCACCAUAUCUGUUCUUGAAGAGGUAGUUGUUGCUGUCAAGGGAAAAGUUCCGGUGCUCUUUGAUGGAGGAGUGAGGCGAGGAACAGAUAUAUUUAAGGCCUUAGCCCUUGGUGCACAAGCAGUUUUGAUUGGGCGACCAGUACUCUUUGGGUUGGCAGCGAAGGGAGAACAUGGGGUAAGACAAGUAAUAGAGAUGCUGAAGAAUGAACUUGAGCUGACUAUGGCCCUUUCUGGAUGCUGCACAAUUAAGGACAUCACCAGAAGCCAUGUGAGGACUGAGCAUGAGAUCCUUGCUUGCAGGCUCUAGUUUUCUUCCCCAAAAAUGCAUACAUUUCUUAUGGCUAUGUUUACUAAGACAGCUACUAAUAAAGCCAGACAGUUGUAAACUUGUAAUAAAAAGAUCCCAAGUUCCCUUCAUCUACAUGAGAAAAAUGAGGAAUUUGCAUUCAUCAACUCAAGGUUUAGAAC